AUGGACCCGUUGAAGUACUUGUUCAAAAAACCAGCACUAAUGGGUAGGAUUGCAAAAUGGCAACUACUGCUUUUCGAGUUCAACAUCACCUAUGUCACUCAGAAGGCAAUCAAGGGGCAAGCACUGGUCGACCACCUAGCAGCACACUUUCUACCUGAUUACAAACCGCUGAAGACCUUCUUCCCUGACGAGGACAUCCUCCUGAUUGAUGAAAAAGAAGAAAGAAAGGCAGGAGACUGGACACUCUUCUUUGACGGAGCUGCAAACUCAAAAGGGAGUAGAGUAGGCACCAUACUCUACUCUCCCGAUGACGUCUCAAUUCCCAUAUCCAGGCCAUUGGCAUUCCAAUGCACCAACAAUGUAGCUAAAUAUGAAGCGUUUAUCGCUGGUCUGAGAGAAGCCAUCAUCCUCAAUGUGAAGAAGUUGCGAGUCUUUAGAGAUUCACAGCUCAUCAUCAAUCAGACGAAUGGCGAUUGGAUAGCCAAGGAUGAAAAGUUGAUCCCUUAUCACGUCUAUCUGAAGAAUCUAACAGUUGAAUUCAAAGAGAUCACGUUCUCUUACAUGCCCCUAGCCAAGAACCAAUUUGCGGAUGGUUUGGCUACCCUCGCCUCAAUGCUGGAGAUCCCAAAAGGAGUUGCUGAAUCGGAGCUCAUUGUCGAGCUCCAGGAGGAACCCGCGUUCUGCCUGCAGAUAGAUGAAGGUGAAACCUCCUCGAAUGAUCAGCCAUGA